CUGAGCCUUCAUAUAGAAUUGCUGCUGAAUUCCUGAAAAGGUAAAUCAGGAUAAAACAUAAAAUGCUGAUCACUUAACCGGCUACACCCACCUACAUUUGUUAAUGCAAAAGUGAUCAGGGGAUUCCACACAGUCCAAAAGCAGGAAGUGUCAUUUAUUCCAAUACAAUUUUGGGCCAAGAAAUGUGCAUCACGCCUAUGGUGCGAACUGAUAAUCUUUCCCACGCCAAAUUAUGCAAGAGAAAUUUAUGCACAAAGAAAACAUAAAUACAAGGGAAGAAGCAGCGGCAGAAGGAAGGUGUCGGCUCUACAUAUUAUUCUGAAAAGUCUCAGCUCUAAAGGCCUCAUGAAAUCCUCAAUGGCAUGUAACUGGGUUAAUGGAGAGUCUCUCUUUUCUCCAUGGAACCAGGAUUCCAGAGACAUGCUCUGCCCGGACAAUCUUGGGCCUCCUACAUAUAUCUCCUAUCCUAUACCUCCCUAUGGCACCCUACAUCAGCAUGGAAGGAAGGCUAUAUUUCCAAUUAUGAAUCGGCAUAAAAUUAUUGAUAUGACGAAAAAAUUUGAUCUAAAUGAUAUUUCCUACAUCUACUUGGAUUCUUUUAAUUUGAACCAGUCUAUGGAGACUCUCAGACCGGCUCCAGUCUCCUACCGGAGAGAGUACAGCAGAACAUAUUUCAUUAAGGACAGCAAUAAUAAAUGGUUUGUGUUUGAGAAUGGAGUUCUAAAAGCGAAAUAUCUGCAAGGUGAUAACUUCAACAAUAGAGCAACAGUAACAAUUUCUAAAUACUCUUCAUUGUCCGGAGGCAAAAUACCUGUCACAUUAAAGAUAGAAGGGCCCAACAUUUUUCUCCUUUGCUCUUCUGGCAGCCUGCAAUACGAAGCAACAAAUGAAAAUCUCGAUACAAUCUCAGAUGAGAGUAAAGAAAAAUUUCUCUUCUACCAAAAUCCAAUUGGUACCUUCACCUGUUCCUUUGAGCCAACAAGAAAUCUGCAGCUGACUCUCUGCACGGACACCAGUUCCAAUGUCAACGUGCAGCCCAAAUCUUCCAACACCCCAAAUGUGCAUUUUUCUCUUUUCUCUCCUCCGAGCUCACGUUUUGUAAAUGUGGGAGGAGGCAGAAUAGCCCUGAGGCCCCAGGGGACAGAAAAACUAGAUAAUAAUUUCAGGUGGCUCCUGCCAAAUAAAUGCAAUCCAGAUUAUCUUUUUUAAAGGGGAAUUAAAGUAUAAAAUAGAAUAAUGCUAGAAAUGCUGUAUUUUGUAUACUAAAGAUAAAC